AUGAAGCAAGCUCAAUGGAACAAACUCAUUACAUUGUUUUCACUAGGUCACGUUGCAGCAUUCGAAAUUAGGUCCAACCCUCUUCCCGCUCCACAAAAUAUUACAUGGGGAACGUUCAGUCCACAUGAAAUUAGUAGAUCUGUGAGUAUUUUAGUCGAUCCACCCAUAGAAUUUGUUGAAGAUGCAUAUAGAAAAGCAAUGCACUCUUUGUGGCACAUAAAGUGGCUACCCGCUACUUGGGAAAAGCCAAUGCCAUCGUAUCCAUUAAAUACAUCAACAAUUACCAUUGAGAAUAAAGCUCGCGGUGAAAAGUUGGCCCUGAGCUUGACUGAAAACAUCGUGCUCACACAAAUUGUCAUUUCGGUUGAGAAUGAUUCUCUGGUUUUGCAAAUGGGUGUUGAUGAAAGCUAUUCCAUGAAUGUUUCUACGGGCUCUAAUGUAAUCGAAAUUUUGGCCGAAACUCCAUGGGGUGCAUUACAUGCAUUGUCAACCUUGAAUCAAAUCGUGUUCUAUGACGAAUGUUGUGAUAAGUUUUACCUCGAACUGAAUGUCCAAAUCAAGGAUUGGCCACUUUACCCUCAUCGUGGAGUGCUUAUUGAUAGUGGAAGAAACUUUCUUACCAUCGAGUCUAUUCUUGACCAAAUCGACAUUUUGGCUCUUGCAAAGAUGAAUGUUUUACACUGGCAUCUAGUGGACAGCCAAUCGUGGCCAUUGGUCCUCAAUAGUUACCCAGAGAUGUCAAAAGAUGCAUACUCUGAAAGUGAGGUUUAUGAGAUGUCAGAUAUAAGGUACAUUAUUUCAUAUGGAAAACUGAAAGGAGUUCGUGUCAUUCCAGAACUCGACAUGCCAGGGCACAGCCGUGCUGGAUACACUGCAUUGAAUAAGUCAAUUUUGGCAUGCGAAAACACUUGGUGGUCUAACGAUGCUUGGUCAGAAGGUACGGCCGUGGAGCCACCUCCAGGUCAGUUGGAAAUUCUAAAAAAUGAGACAUACGAAGUAGUGGAAGGUAUUUACAAAGAUCUCAGUGAAUUGUUUGAAGAUAACAUCUUCCACGUUGGAGCUGAUGAGCUUCAAGCAAAUUGUUAUAACUAUUCUACUGUGACACAAGAGUGGUUCGCGCUUAACUCCAGUCGGACUCUUAAGGAUUUGUCUCAGUAUUGGGUUGAUAGAGCGGUUCCUAUUCUCAUGUCUGUUCCCAACAGAAGAUUGAUGAUGUGGGAAGAUAUACUCACUUCUCCAGAAGGAGCGUUUACUGUUCCUCAAGAUACUAUUUUGCAGACAUGGUCGGCCAGCAACGCUAAUGUACAAGUUCUAACUGGUAGGGGGUACGAUGUGAUCAUCUCCGCGAAUGAUUUCUUGUAUCUCGACUGCGGCUAUGGGGGUUGGGUUACUAAUGAUCCUAGGUAUGUGCAAACAUGUGGUAAUGAUGAAUUCAAUCAAGGCUUGGGGGGCUCCUGGUGUGGUCCCUACAAGACAUGGCAGAGAAUCUACAAUUUCAAUAUAACCGCAAACUUGACUGCAGAACAACUGCAACACGUUCUUGGAGCAGAGGCAGCAUUAUGGAGUGAACAAGUUGAUUCGGUUGUUCUUACCUCUAAAUUAUGGCCGCGUUCAGCUGCUCUUGCAGAGAAUUUAUGGAGUGGAAAUGUGAAUCAAACUACUGGUCGGUUGAGAACCAACUGGAUGACUCUGCGUAUUCUUAAUUUCAGAGAGUUCUUGUUGGCGUUGGGGUAUUCCGUUUCACCUUUGGUUCCGCGCUUCUGCCUCAAGAAUCCCCACGCAUGCGAUUUAUAUAGAAACCAGACUAUCAUGGAUUAA